AUGGAACCAUAUAUACGGGGCUAUUGGACAUGUCUCGAAUGCGACAGAUCUGAGAAUUCUGGCCGUCCGGACGCACACACUCUCAUGUGUCGACAUGACUUUUGCAGACGUCAAGCCGAUUACAGAUCUGCUGAAGAAGAGAAUUCACUGGAUCAUACUUCGCGAGAAGAGAAGCUUCGAAAUGAGAUUCUUUGGGAUGGGACACCUAUAGGACGAGAUAUUCUCAGACCUGACGUUCCGGGAGAUUAUUGGAGAAGAUGCUUUACGAAAAGACACAACUCGAAGUGA